CCUUCUCUCUCUUCAUCCCUUCAACUUUCUCUCUCUAAAAAACUCUCAUAUUUUUUCAUCCAUUUUCAGUCUCUUAUAAUAAAAAUAAAAAAAAUGGCUGAGUCAAUUCAACCCAUUAAACGUUCAAGAGAAGAAGACGAAUCCCAAGAAAUUGAAGAAAAUAAACGCCAAAAAUCAUCAUAUAAUGAUAUCCUCUCAAUCCUAGAAGAGGAAGAAGAAUACGGGUUUGAAUCCGACCCGGAAAUUAAAAUUUCCGGAUCGAACAUCUUCACCACGCUUCAGCAGGAGCUCGACCUUCUGCCGAGCUGCGACAAUGGAUUUGGAUCGGAUCCGGUAGAAAUUUCUAUCGGGUCGGGUAAUUCCCAAGUCCGUAGCUCGGCUAAUAGUUCUACAGAAUAUGAUAGUAGUAGUGUUAUUAGACACCUUCUAGAAGCUUCUGAUGAUGAGCUUGGAAUACCAAGUGGAGAUGGGAUCAACGGUUCAGAUUUUCCGCUUGUUGAGGAAAAUGAAAUCAACGGUGGAGAUUUUCCUUUUGCUAUAUCAGACGGUUUAUGGGAACUUGAAGAUGAAACUGCUAAUUAUUAUUCUUUAUUACAAUCUGAACUUUUUAUGUAGUAUUUUUUAUUUUGGUGGGUAGGAUUAGUUUGAAAGAAAAGGGAAAUGUUUGGGGUGUAAAGUGAAGAAAAAGAAAGAUGAGGGUGAAAAAAGAAAAAGUUGGAAGAGGUUUUUUUAAGGUUCUCUAAUUUUACCCCACUCAUCUUUUGUAUAUUAUUCCCAAAAGUACCCCUUCUUGGGUUAGAGAAUAUUAGUAGCAGAUGGAGAAGGUAAAAAAAAAGUGAUUCGUUUAUAUGGAAGGUCUCUUUCCAUUUCUGCCCCUGA